AUGUUCGCCUAUAAUCCUUCUCUUAUCUAUCUAUCUAUCUAUCUAUCUAUCUAUCUAUCUAUCUAUCUAUUCUUAUUGUUUCAGUUGGUACCUCACUAUCUAUCUAUCUAUCUAUCUAUCUAUCUAUCUAUCUAUCUAAGCUUAUUCAAAUGUAUCUAUCUAUCUAUUAUUAUUAUUUACAUGUACGUCACUAUCUAUCUAUCUAUCUAUCUAUCUAUCUAUCUAUCUAUCUAUCUAUCUAUCUAUCUAUGUGAAGAUGAAGAGAGAGAGAGAGAGAGAGAGAGAGAGACUUUUGAUGUUGUUGGAUCUAUCUAUCUAUCUAUCUAUCUAUCUAUCUAUCUAUCUAUCUAUCUAUCAUUAUUAUCUCUAUCUAUAAAAGACAGGAUGUAUAUUUUCCUUAUCACUGCGAUCAUUCUGUUCAUAUCUAUCUAUCUAUCUAUCUAUCUAUCUAUCUAUCUAUCUAUGUCCGUACGUAUUCGGAUACAGGAUGGUUGA